AUGUCUCGAGCAACUAAGACUUUAGAUAAUAGUAAAAAAUCAGCUAAUAAGAGAGGGGAAGACCUUAUUAUUAGACGAUUUUUAAGUGAGCUACUAAGGACAAAAUCAAAUAAGCAACCUGAAGAUAAUUAUAAUUAUGAUCCUGUUGAUGAUAUUACUGACAGUAUGGCCGGCAUGACACUAAACAGUGCCACAAUAAAUGCUAUCAAAUUUGCUGUUAGGAGUGCUGUUAAGAAAUGUACCAAAUGUGAGGAUACUAUUCAUAAAGUCCUUCAUAAUAGUGGUUCCUAUGGAGACGAAGAUAGUAUCUCAAAAUGA